AUGGGUCUUUUAUGCCGACCGAAACCUUCCUCCAUGACCAACUUUGGCAAAGAUGCCUCCUUCCUUCGAACCAUGCUCAGUGUGGAGGAGUAUCGCUUUGUCCAGUGGGCAGAUACAGUAGGCCUGACUGCCCCAGACGGCAAAAUGCUGCCUCAGAUCAACCAAGUGCUCGCGGAAGAGCUGAUGGUACAGCUGAGAGAUAGGCUGGACUGCGACAAAUUGAAGGAGCGGUAUUCAAUUGACCUUCAACCUGCUAAUGUCGCCGGUCAAGCACCAAACAAAAACACGGAGGGAGGGUCGCAGGCCCCGGUCAUUCUGUCCCAUGCAGUCUCCGAUGAGCGGCGAACAGAAAUUCUGGAACGCGCCAAAUUGAUCCAGUAUAAGACCGGGCUGCCCAAGCGUCUCUGGUGGGCGGCAAUGGAGAAGUCAAAAUUUCAGACUCUCGUUCGAGACGUGAGACAAAUUGUGGAUGCGCUUUGGAAUCUGCUCGAGCCGAUUCGGCAGAGAGAACUCGCCCAACAGGUUGGCCGCACGCUGACGGCAGUCGUGGACAUGAGCCACGACAUUGAAACCUUGAAAGGCCUGCAGGCUAGUUUAAAUUGGAAGACAACGGAUUUCCCUGGCGAAGCGAUUCUCUCUGCCGCAGUUGGCUUGAAAGUGGUGCGCGAGCAGCUUCCUGACGACAGCAGUGAAUCAACCAGUGUCCAACCACUAGAAUACGAACCUCCCCAACAUUUACAUAGAAGUCUUCUCAAACGGCCUACAACCAAGCCAGGCGCCAGUGGAGCAUUUAUCGCAGAGUAUGACAAAAAACCGGUGUUAUGCGAGGCCAAGCUAGUUCAUGGACGGCUCAAGUCAAAGCUCCGAUUGCGAUCCGAGAAUCUAGCACGAUUGCUUUCUUUGCCCAAAAGUCCCGGUUUCCUGACCUUGAGAUGUCUUGGGUUUCUGGAAGACAUGGAUGAGUUUGUCUUCCUGUAUGAGUAUCCGCCUGCGGCGGACAUCUCGAUCCCGCCACGAUCUCUUCAAGACUUGCUCCGCGACUCCAAGAUGAGGUCUCCAAGUGUUACAGCAAGAUUAAAAUUGGCGCUGGAGAUCUGCAAGACACUGUUGACUGUGCACACCGCAGGCUGGCUACACAAGAACAUCCGCUCUGAGAACAUUCUGUUCUUCACGGAAAGAACAAACUCAAGCAAUAGCUCUCAAACUCUGACGCAGCCAUAUCUGACCGGAUUUGCCUUCUCGCGUGCUGAUUCCCCCGUUGAGAUCAGUGAUCAGGCCUCCGAAGAUCCCAUUUUAGACAUCUAUCGGCAUCCGCAAGCCCUUGGUGAGCCGUCCGUCUCGUACGCUAUGUACAUGGAUCACUACUCUCUUGGAAUGGUCCUCACCGAGAUCGCUGAAUGGCGUUCGCUAAAGCAUAUCAUCAAGAAACAUGUUGAUGUCACCAAGAGCGAAAUUGAUGUACCACUUUCGGCUUUGGCUGGGAUCCAUGACUGGUUUGUCCGAGAGCUGGUGGAACGUGGACAAAUCGAAUUCCGCAUGGGAGAGGUUUAUGGAAAUGCUAUUUCCUGGCUCACAAGCUUUCGGUGUGGAGGUUUGGGACAGCAUAAUAGUACCCAACACCUUCUCGCUUUCCAGCAGUUUGUGAAUGAGCUGGGCUACUGUCGGGUGUAG